AUCAUGUCCCUGUAGUAAUAUCACAAGAAUAUUAUAUGAGCGGUACAGUGAUUUCCAUUAAGGGCAGUGGGCGGCGCGCACACACAGCCCCGUUUCUUAUAGCGCACAUACGUGAGUGCGCGUCCAUCGUCAUCCAACCAGCCAGCGGAGCCCGCACUCCUCAAACCAGACCCGAGCCGAACCAAGCCGUGACGACCCUCAGCGAUCUGAGCCCGCAGUCCUGCCGCUCCACUCAGAGGCAGGAGAGGCAGAAUGAUGACCUCUUAGCGCAUCUUUACGCACCGACCCGCCGUCCGUCCCUUCUUCAACCCACAUUCUGCCUCUUUGCGCUGAAUUUGUUCGCCGACACCAUGGACACGGCAGUUCUACGGACCCAUAUAAUCAUCUGCCACCUGAUUCUUUUCAGCCAAAUAGUUGUGGCAGCAGAACCGCUGGUCCAAGGUCUGAGAAAACUUCCUGAAGAUAUCGACUGGUCCUACUCAGGUGCCCUGAGCCAGCAUAGCUGGGCUAAGAAGUAUCUGUCCUGUAGCAGUGCCAGGCAGUCUCCUGUGGACAUUGAUGAGACGUUCACCCAGGUCAGGCUGCAGUACCAGAACGUACAGCUAGAGGGCUGGAACAAACUGACAGCAGAAUCCACCACCAUCCACAACAAUGGGAAGACUGUGGCCAUCGAUGUGGACGGAGAGUUCUUUGUGAGUGGAGGAGGACUGAGCUCCAGGUUUCGUGUUAGUAGAGUCACCUUCCACUGGGGACGCUGCAACGCAACAUCAGAUGGGUCUGAACACAGCCUGAAUGGGAUGAAAUACCCUCUGGAGAUGCAGAUCUAUUGUUACGAUCCGGAUGACUUCCAAAGUCUGGAUGAUGCUAUAAAGGAAGGAGGGAGGGUGGCUGCUUUGGCUGUGCUCUUUGAGAUUAGCCUCGACGACAAUGAGAACUUCACUCCUGUUCUAGAGGCCAUCAACACUGUCAGCAGGUUUGGUAAGAGUGGAUCAGUGGAGGCUUUCACCUUGAGGUCCCUGCUGCCUAAUAACACAGAUAAAUACUACAUAUACAACGGUUCUUUGACUGCUCCUCCCUGCUCCGAAAUGGUGGAAUGGAUCGUCUUUAAACACACUGUGGCCAUAUCAGAAACACAGCUGGAGGUGUUCUGUGAGGUGAUGACCAUGGAGCAGGCUGGAUAUGUGAUGCUGACGGAUUACCUGCAGAACAACUUCCGAGAGCAGCAGCAGCAGUUCAUGGGUCAGGUGUUUGCUUCCUACACCGGAGUCGAGGACGUGCUCACACCCACCUGCAGUUCCGAGCCAGAAAACAUUCAGGCUGAUGCCCAGAACGACACCACCAUCGUGGUGACGUGGGAGCGUCCUCGUGUGGUUUAUGAUACCACCAUCGACUGGUACACCGUCACCUACCAGAGGCUGCAGGGCCAAGACCAGGUCAAGCAGGAGUACAGGACCGAUGGAGACCAGGAUGUGGGUGCCAUCAUCUCCAGCCUGCUGGCCAACAGCAGCUAUGUGGUUCAGGUGGUGGCUUUUUGCACAAAUGGACUCCGAGGACGAUGGAGCGACCAGGUUAUAGUGGACAUGCCGUUAGAAGACCCUGAGAGUGACUCCGAUCCUGAUGCUGUCACGAAGGAUUCUGUAGGCAACAGGGAGGUCUCAUCUGUAUCCAGAUGGGAGAAGCCAGAGAACCAGAAUAAAGUAGAUUUAACUCCAGAGGACCACAGUCCAGUGGAAGAGAUCCCAGUGGAGCAGACCAGAGUUUACCAGAACCAGCCUUCACACCACGAUGACCUGUACAUAGACCAGCCUGAAGUAAACCGGAACAUCCCAGUUCAGGUCGACACCCGUUCAUCUCCAAAGACUCCCUCUGACUCUGUAGUUCUACAGAAUGUGAGAAAGAAACCAGAUCCUAAGAAGUCUCAGACUGAUGAUGAUGUGGAUCUGAACUGGAUUGAUGGGGACCAGGUGAACCCAACACAACGGCCCUUCACUAAGGCAGGUUUUGACAGCAAUGGCGCAAUCUGGGUAACUGACGUAACUGAACAGCCGGGAUUCCUGUUUCCAGUUGCUCGGACAACCACUCUGCCAGCAAUCCGCCGGCAAAUCACAGAGGAGGCAUCACUGUCAGUGUUGUCACAUCAGUCAAGGGAUCACAGUCCAACAGACCAAGCCAGUGAAAAUGGCCUCCCUUCUCAGUCGGACCUUUACACCCCUCCAGUGGAGGACAUCCAAGUCACAGAUAUCUUCUAUGAAGACACAGUCAACAGCUCUCCACUGGAACCCAUCAGCUCCACUCCAACAGUGUCUGGUUCUGUGCUGCCAGGUGAUAAAGAAGACGAAGGCUCCCUGUCGUCCUCUGAAGACAGCGAUGCCCCUGUGAUCCAACCCCUAACGAAAACCAUCACCUCAGUGUCCUCCACCCCCUCCUCUCUCUGGAUCACGGAAAAGACAGCGACUGCCAGCAACACACUUGCCAAUUCGGUCUACAAAACAUUCACCACCUCCUCUCUGCUCAGAGUGCUGAUGCAUACGACUCAGCCCAUGUUCACUGCAAAUACACCCACAUCCAGAGUUAAGGACUCAAGUAUUGAUCAGUCUUCUGGCUUCACAAACUCUCCAAACACUCUAAAUGGAAUGAUCAUCCACACUGCAAUGCCGGCACUCCCUGUCUCUGAAUUCUCUGAAGGAGGAGAUUUAUACAGUGUCGCACCUCCGUCACUCACAGGCUUCGAUGAAUACAGCAACAGUUUCCGUCCUUCUCCUGCCCUCCAUGAAAACAAUAAGAGCAGUGUUAUCUUUCAUCAUAAUGGCAAACCCUCUGAAGAGGCCUUUAUUGUCCCCUUACAGAUGGAUUUAGAAGACCCUCAAAUCUCUACUACUUUGGAUUCUACAUACUCUCUUCCUGUGAUUUCUGGUGUUGGCUCAAGUACCAUCAACUUAUUGAAAAAAAACACUGUUAAAGGAAACACCCUAAAUACCUUUCUUACUGAAAGUGACAGCAGGAUUCAAGAUGAUCUGGAUAUGUUGUUGGACCAUGGCAAUGAAGUCGAAGCCAGGGCGGAUAGACAUAUAAACGACUACAGCUUCAGUUCAGUCGCAUCUUUGUUUGAUUCUAAAGGUUUAGAUUUGUCAGACAGUCCAACAGAAGGCAGUGGAUCAGGCUCUGGUCUUGACAGCAACAGGCUCAAUCAGGAACUGGAUGAAGCUGGUACUGUUAAAACCAAAUAUUCUGCUUUUGAAAACUCUGUUCUUAGCUUCAAGUUGGAUGAAAAGAGCAGUACACCAAGAAGUAAAAUUGCCACUGAAAGAGAUAGUGGUACAGAUGGAGCACGAAGGAAAAUUGGUGUCAAGAAAGAGUUUGAAACAGAGUCAGAGUCAGAGAUAGAGGACAAUGUAAGUGAGUUAAGUGGUGAGGGAGAAGAAAAGAUAGGGGGAGAAGGAGUAAACGACAUCAGGAAUCAGACAGUGAACAAAGUGGACAGAAAAACAAAUGAGAGUGUUAGACAGCUCAAUAGCACAGCAGGCUGUGACCUGCUGAAAGAAAAAGAGAAACAAACUGAGGCAGCAGUUAGGACAGUGUUCAGUGAGAGUGGCAGUGGGGCUGAGGGUGCCAGUGGAUCUGGAGAACAUGAUGAUUUUGAUGCCAAAGAAAUUCCAAAGGAAGGUAAUGAUGAUACAGAGGGUUUCAUGGCUGGUGAAAAUGAUUCUGGUGAGAAAGACAUUAGAACGAAUUACAGCAAUGAAGAAUUACUGUUUGCAAGAAGAGGAAGUCUGCAGCUGCCUGUCGGUAGAAAUAAACCUACAGCAAAAUCCCAACUGUUGGACAGCAGCAGACAACAUGGAGAUGGGAGUCAUAAUGAAGAGGGUCAAAACACAAGUCCUGACAGUCCAGUGUUUGGAGUUAUGUCUACUCUUGAGAAUAAUAAGGACAAAGAUGAUAAAAGAGAUGAAAAAUAUCUACAAGGAGGUGCUACAGACAGUUUACAGGAGUUCUCAGGUGUGGAUGGGUUGUUGUUUGAUGCUGCAAGAAGCCCAGUGUUGGGGCGUCUUGUUCCUCUGCACAGACUGACACAUACCAGCAAGGCAAUGGAGGAGCACAUGGAAGAGGGCAGCAACAGCAGCCAUGAGUCUCGUGUUGGGCUCGUUGAAGGUGUGGAGAGGGAGAAGAGGACAGUCAUUCCUCUGGCUGUCGUCUCCACUCUCACCAUCCUUUGUCUGCUGGUACUGGUGGGCAUCCUCAUCUACUGGAGAAACUGUUUCCAGGCAGCUAAUUUCUACCCAGAUGAUAGCGCUUCACCUAAAGUGCUGUCUGCUCCUUCGACACCCUUGCUGUUGGCUACAGAUGGUCACGAGCCGCUGACGGUGAAGCAGUUUGUGAAGCAUGUCAUGGAGCUCCACACCACUAACACUUUCUCCAAGGAGUUUGAGAUUGUCAAAGAAUCCUACGAGGAGGUGCAGGCGUGUACGGUGGACAUGGGCAUCACCGCCGACAGCUCCAAUCACCCUGACAACAAAAGCAAGAACCGUUACAUCAACAUACUGGCCUAUGACCACAGCAGAGUGAAGCUCUCCAACAGUUUGGACAGAGAUGGGAAAUGCGGAGACUACAUCAAUGCUAACUUUGUAGAUGGUUAUGAGCGAACGAGGGCAUACAUCGCAGCUCAGGGGCCUCUCAGAGCCGGCAGGGAAGACUUCUGGAGGAUGAUCUGGCAGCAGAACAUUGGAGUUAUUGUCAUGAUCACCAAUCUGAAGGAGAAAGGACGGACAAAAUGUGACCAGUACUGGCCAGAGGAGACCCAAGAAGAAUACGGUCCUUACCAGGUGACCCUGAAAAACACCAAGGCGCUUGCUUACUACACACUGCGGACGUUCUCUAUCAGGGACACCAUGAAUAAGGUGUCUCAAAGGAAAGUUGAACACACAGUCCUCCAUUACCACUAUACCCAGUGGCCAGACAUGGGUGUCCCUGAAUACACUCUGCCUGUCCUGUCCUUCAUCAGAGCGUCCUCUCGGGCCCGGACACAGGAGAUGGGACCUGUCUUGGUACACUGCAGUGCUGGUGUAGGACGGACAGGAACCUACAUAGUGAUUGACAGCAUGUUGCAGCAGAUCCAAGAUCAAGGGACGGUAAAUGUUCUUGGCUUCCUGAAACAUGUGCGGACCCAGAGGAACUUCCUGGUUCAGACGGAGGAGCAGUAUGUGUUCAUCCAUGAUGCUCUGGUGGAGGCUAUCUUGAGCCGGGACACCUUGGUGACCUCUAACCUCCUCCAUACUUACGUGUCGGACCUCCUGACCCCUGGAGCGACAGGCAGGACUCGCAUGGACAAACAAUUCAAGUUAAUUAGUCAGCGUCAAGCGAAGCAUGCAGACUACAGCACUGCUCUGAAAGAUGGCAACGCUGAGCGGAACAGAGCCAGAGCCCUGAUGCCUGUGGAGAGAUCCAGAGUCUGUCUGACCGCUUCAGAGACAAACUCCACAGGCUACAUCAAUGCCUCUUAUGUGAUGGGACAUCACUACUGUAAGGAGUUCAUAGUGAGCCAGACUCCUCUGAGCAGCACAGUGGCUGAUUUCUGGAGGCUGAUCUGGGAGCACAACACACAAAGUGUGGUCUGUCUGCCAGACACACACAAUCAGACUGAAGAGAGGGAGCGUUGUGUCUAUUGGCCCAGUAAAGACCAGCCAAUGAGCUUUGACGGUUUUACUGUGUCGUGCUCUGGGGAGGAGCGUGUGUGUCUGUCGAAUGAUGAGAGACUUUUGGUGCAGGACUUUACAGUGGAGUCUCCACAGAGUAAUUACGUGUUGGAGGUGCGUCAGUACAGUGCUGCCUGCUGGCCAAACCCAGACAGUCCCAUCAGAAACAGUUUUGAUCUGGUCAGCACAGUCAAAGAGCACAGCAGACACACACAGGGACCCACAAUUGUACAUGAUCCUUUGGGAGGUGCUACAUCAGGGCUGUUUUGCGCUCUCACCAUGCUGUCCAGUCAGCUGGAGGAGGAGGGAGCAGUAGACGUCUAUCAGGUGGCUCGGAUGACCAACCUCAUGAGACCUGGGGUAUUUAAUGAUGUGGAGCAGUACCAGUAUCUGUACCGAGCUGUGCUGAGCCUGGUGAGCAGCCAGGAGGACCAGAGAGCCCUGCAGAGUCCAGAGACCAAUGGAUCUGUACCACUGGGACAGACCAACAUCGCAGAGAGCCUGGAGUCGCUCAUGUAGACACGUAUUUAACACGCAAACACGUCACAUAUACAGAAAACUCAUCACACACCUUAAACGUGGUAAGAGGAUAACACCAUCAUUUCUGUCUGUGGUUCAUAGCUGUGUCAGCUGAGCAUGCUAAGGAUUUAAUAUUCAGUCAUCUUUAUUCAUCACAUCUUUUCUCACAUUAUAACAGUCCAAAAUAACCCAGUCUCUUGCUUUCAAUCAUAUCUUACAAAAUGAAAUCUUACUUUUCAUUAUGAGUGGAGGCUUUUACCAGGAGCUCCAGCUACUCCAGCUGUCUGCUAUUGAAAGGAUUUUCUUUUGACAAAUUUCAGGUCUGUCUCACAACCUCACUAAACAUAUUUGUCAGGUUUGGACACACCAUUAAAAGUGACCUUUAGCUACCUGUCGGUGUUAGCAUGUCCAGCAGACACAGCUCAUUUCUGGUGAUAACCCUCAUAUGAGAUGAAGUAGCCAAAAGGUCAAAGGUACCACUUUAUAAUAAGGCACCCUCUAUACAGGUGAACUAAUGGCUUUAGUAACAGGUAAUAAACCUCAUACUAAUAAUUUAUGGAGUAGUUGUAAGCAAUGAAUGAGUUUGGACUGUCAGGCUGUGAUAACUCCCUUCAGAUGGAGACAUACUUUAGUAUUAAUGAAUCUAAUUAAUGAUAUCCAGUUUUUUCACUUUUAAUAAAAAUGUAAGCAAGACAUACCCCAUGGACUUCAAAAGUCCCUCAACUAUAUAUUGACCCAACUGCAGAUUUGAACUUUUUAUUAAAUGUUUUAUAUGUGAGAUUCGGAAGCAUCUCAAAAUUGUGUACAUAAGAGCCAAUUAAAAAACAAGCCAGCCACAGCCAUUAGCAAUGGCCAUAAUGAGUUGUUGUGAACUCAAGUAAAGUUACUGAUAGAAAGCUGGCACUUUGUGAUAUGGAAGGUCACUCGCAGUCUGCUUAAAAAUACAUGGAGAGCCAACAGUUUCAAAGGGAGGGACUCACAUGCACCAAUGCACACUAACACUGCCAAAAAUGGAAUAGAACAUCGAAGAUCACAACAUACACAGAGGGAGCGUAACUUCAUUCUCUGCUGAAGCCACCAUGACUCCGCUCUGUGUUUGCACAGCAGAUAGUGGUUUGCUGCUAUAUUAAUGCUGCGGUUAUCUUCAAGAUCUUGCAUGUUUCACCUUUAAUGGCGUACCUACUAAUUUUAUGUGUGCAUUUUAUACCAAACUGAAACUACCGUGGGAUUUUGGUAGCUUCAUAACUGAUCUGUAAAGUGUUAGUAAAUGAUUUAUUAACCAUUAUUAAAGCCAUUAGUUACAGAUAGGUGGUGGGACCCAACAAAGCUUCACUGCCUUUCAAACAAGAACCUACAAACUUUCCAACUCAGCAGCAGACCAAGGCCAAACAUUUGCUACAAGGUUUCUUUAACAACUAAAUGAACAUGAAAUACAGCAAUCUGUGUUACUGGAAAUGAUCUUUCUUAAUUAUAAGGAGUCUGCUUUGUAAUUCCAGUAAGAGACCGAACUUAGAUUCGUGACUUGUGUCUAUUUUAUUCUUUAUGUAACAAUUAUUUCUUUUAUUUUUUUCUUAUCGACCCCUUAUUGCUUUUUUAAACUAUUUUUUUUCCUCUGAUGACUUUCUUUAAAAAAGCAUACAUAUUAAUAAAAAUGUCACUAGUAAGAUUUCUGAAAGAAUGAUAGAUGACUUUAAUGUCCAAAGGGAAAUAAUGCAGGAAAUGACAUUUUAACAAAACCCUGGUUUCCUAUGAAUAUUUUUUGCACUGCACAUUAACCAGCACAUUGUGGGACUCAAACUACCAUGUAUCUUUAUUUAGAAUAAUGUUUUAAUAGCCAAAUUCUCCAAGGCCUCACUAGUGAGAAUGAAACGACUGCUGUUUUUUUUGGGUUUUUUUGUCUCCUUGCCACUGGCUCCAUGGUCUCUGGUAACCAGUGCCUUUUGCAACUCAUGUUCUUGUACUUUAAACCUGUUUUGAUACAAAUGUGCGACUAAUAUGCCAAAAUAUGGAUGUGUCAUUUUUAUCUAUUUUCUUAAAGGUGAUCACUGCCUCGCUGAGCUCAUUAGAAAAAUGUCUCGAGGCUCAGACGUUUUGUAAAAGAUUUGGGAUUUGAUGUGGCAUUCUGCUCAAAAUCCAGAAUAACAGAGGUCCUUUGCAAUGGAAUAAAGCCUGACAGAUGAUAAUCCUCUGUCUUAUCAGUGUAAGCUAAGAUUUAAAAAAAAAAAACUAAAAACAAUCAUCAUUCAGUUGAGACUGUGCUGUUCAAGUGUGGCAAAUAUUCACUCUUAAUAAAAGGAGAGAAAGGAGUGAAAGGAAAGAAUAAAAGGUGAACUUAGUGCUAUUUUGGGAGACUUUCCCUUCUGUUUAUCCUCAGCAGCAUUAAGGUCUUACAGCUGAGACUCUGAAUCCCAGCACAUCCCUCUGCUACUUGCUACGACUGUUUUGAAGGAGUCCAAAUGUUACUGUUGUGUCAGACACCAUCAGUUGACCUCACUUUCAGACGAAGGCACGGCCUCUCUGUGGCUGUUUUGCACCCCAGUGUAUGAUUUCUUUUUAGUCCAUAUAUAUGGAGAUGCAAAACCAUAGAGGAGUAUGCAGCUGAACAGGCAGCAAUUCAGAUCUGCUCUAAUUGAAAUAAAGAUGUUUUGGUGUAAAUAUCCCUGAAUACUUCAAAGGCCAAAUUACUGUAUGUUUAUACUGUAUCUCUAUAUAUUUUCUAUUUUACUAUAAAAGGUGAUUUUCUAGUCAUUUACACAUAUAUAACUGUGUGGAUUCUAUUUGAUAAUUUUAGCCUGCAAAUAUUGAUCAUGUUUAUAGUUUUAAUGGAACGUUAUCUCUUUUUAUCUCUCUGAUUACAGUAGCAGCUUCAUGUCUAUACCUUUAUCUCCAGCCAUAAACUGGUGCAGUAUGUAUAAAGCAGCAAGAUUAAAGAUUUCUUUCAAACCUU